UCUCUUCCCCUAUUGAGGUUAGGGUUUUCAAUAUUUUUCGUAAGAGGAAGUAUUGCAGUGAAGCUGAAACACAGAGGGGCUAAGGAAGAAGAAGAAAAGAAGAUGACUCUUAACAAAAGGAAAGCAUGGUCUAUGCUGAACUGGUCCAUCGCUCCGGUGAAGGCGGAGGAGGAGGAGGAGGAGGAGGAAUGGACCCUUUUGGGCUACCAGUGCCGCGACCUACCACAUGCUGACGAGUUGCACCAACAGCUCAUGCGCGAGAUCGGCCGCAAUGUCGCCGAGAUCCAAAACGAGGGACUCGGCGAGCACGCCCUCCGCGACCUCAACCGCCAGAUCAACACACUUCUCUACGAUAAACGCCACUGGGAGCGCCGAAUCGUUGGACUCGGCGGCACCAAAUACUCCGGCAAGAUGAUCGACCUUGACGGCAACAUCGUCGAUCUCCCAAAUCCUGGCUUCAACUGCCUCGGUUUUGGCUAUUUCGGCGCUGCCGCGAAGAAACUCCCCGAAGUUCGGGAGCUUCGGAAGGGGCGAACCCUCCCAAAUCCUGGCUUCAACUGCCUGGGUUUUGGCUAUUUCUGCGCUGCCGCGAAGAAACUCCCUGAAGUUCGGGAGCUUCGGAAGGGGCGAACCCGUAACGACAUUUAUAAGAUUGAUGCAAGUUACAGGGAUGGCGUGCUUGAGCGCGAGGAGGGCCCUGCCGAGAAGAAGAUGCGGCGUGAGGGGGAGGAGAUGCGGCGCGUGGUCAAGGAGAUGCGGGGCGUGGCGGAGGAGAUGCGGCGUGAGGCAAGGGAGGAGAAGAAGAUGGAGCUUGUUAGUGAGGGUCUAUUGGAGGAACAUAGUGAGGCUAAGGACAUGCUUAACAUUCAGGGUUAGGUUGAUUAUUUUAGUUGUAAUCGACUCAGAACACCUGUUUAGGGAUAUUUUGAUUGCCUUUAGUUUUUCAGGGUUUUUUUUUUGUCAUGAUGCAUCAAGUCCAAAUUCACUGUAUUUUUCUGCCUUCUAUUGAUUGAAAGUGAUAUGAAUGAUUUCACUGUUUGAAGGUUGAAAGUAUGAUUGACCAUUUUGUAAAUGAUGAUUUAAUACAUUUUUAGUUUCUUGUAGCAUGACCUUUCGUAUCUCAUACGAUCAUACUUAAAAAUGGUUCAGUGCCAGAUUGAUGGGUUUCUGUUGUUGGAA